CUCGUAUCUCUGCUGUCAUUAAAGCGAUUAAAGCCACGUUUAUCCGGUGCGGCGACAGCUGACGACAGCGAUUCGGUCGAGACUGGUCGAGACGAGUAAAAGUUGUACGACCCGAUUGAACGGACUGUUGUCUAUUUGCGAUGGUUGAAGAGAAGCUUACGGGACCUUCCGAGGGUAAUGAAACAUCUAAGAAAGCAAUGAAGAAGCAGCAAAAGGAUGCAGAGAAGGCAGCAAAGAAAGCAGAACGAAAAAUACAAGCUCAAUCACAGCAAGAAAGUACAAGUGACAAUGAAGAUAUCUCUAUUGGAAGGUACGGAGAGACUGGUAUAAUUCAGAGCUCGGACCUGCAUAUUGAAAGGAAAUUUAUUGACAUCAAAAUAUUGAAUCCUAAUGUCGCCGAACAGACCAUGUGGUUGAGAGGACGAUUACAUACAAGCAGAGCAAAAGGGAAACAAUGUUUUAUAGUUCUGCGCCAACAAUCCUAUACUGUGCAGGGACUAGCUGCAGUGAACGAGAAAAUCAGCAAACAAAUGAUCAAAUUUAUUUCAAACAUCACCAAGGAGUCGAUCAUUGAUGUGGAGGCUACUGUAAAAACUGUACCAUCGAAAAUCGAGUCAUGCACCCAGAAGGAUGUUGAAGUGCACAUUGAGAAAAUCUUUGUAAUUAGUGCAGCCAAGCCACAAUUACCUCUUCAAAUUGAAGAUGCUUCGAGACCUGUUACGGAGGCCGAUGAUACCGUACUCAACAUCAAAGUCAACCAGGAUACCAGAUUAGACAACAGAGUCCUGGAUUUACGUACACCCGCGAAUCAAGCAAUAUUUCGAGUAGAAGCUGCAAUCUGUAAACUCUUCCGUGAUAUCCUUACUGACAUGGGUUUCGUUGAGAUUCACACACCAAAAAUUAUUUCUGCAGCGAGUGAAGGCGGGGCAAACGUUUUCAGUGUCUCCUACUUUAAAGGAUCGGCAUAUCUAGCGCAGUCUCCCCAACUGUACAAGCAAAUGGCCAUUGCUGCUGACUUCGACAAAGUAUUUACAGUUGGUGCCGUUUUCAGAGCCGAAGACUCCAAUACCCACAGACAUUUGACCGAGUUUGUUGGUCUCGACUUGGAGAUGGCUUUUAAAUAUCAUUACCACGAAGUAGUCGAUACAAUUGGUCAAAUGUUUACGAAGCUAUUCCGAGGGCUUCGGGACAAUUAUGCUGAGGAAAUAGCAGCGGUCAAGCAACAAUAUGACGUAGAGCCUUUCAAGUUUUUGGACCCACCGUUAAAACUAGAAUUUCGUCAGGCUGUUCAGUAUUUGGCUGAAGCUGGCGUGACAAUGGGAGAGGAAGACGACUUGUCAACUCCCGAUGAAAAGCUUUUAGGCAAAAUCAUUAAAGCAAAAUAUGACACCGACUUUUACAUUCUGGAUAAGUAUCCAUUGGCUGUGCGACCCUUUUACACGAUGCCCGACCCCAACAACCCGAAAGUCUCAAACUCGUACGACAUGUUCAUGCGAGGAGAAGAGAUCAUUUCUGGAGCACAGCGGAUUCACGAUCCCGACUUUCUUACGGAGCGUGCCAAACAUCAUGGCAUCGAUAUCGAGAAGAUCAGAUCGUACAUCGAUGCCUUUAGAUAUGGCUGUCCACCUCACGCCGGAGGUGGUAUCGGAAUGGAACGAGUCGUGAUGCUUUAUCUAGGUCUCGAUAAUAUAAGAAAAACGUCAAUGUUCCCUCGUGACCCUAAACGACUUACGCCAUAACACGUGUAAAACUGACUACAACUUCUUUGACCGUUU